AUGACCAACAUACUCUACUUCAGUUUCUGGCUUCUUCUGCAGCUCAGUAAUGCGCUCGCCCAAGUACAGGUUCUCAGUCCCCCAGGGCAAAGCGAAAUCAGCUACAGCGUUAAUAUCCCUCAAACCACGAGCAACUCUGGAUCCGGACCCAUUUUCAUUCAAAUAAAGUCUACGAAGCAGCUUGAAUGGUUAGCAUUUGGACAAGGCGUGAUGAUGCAAGGUGCAAAUAUAUUCAUUGUAUACGGCUCUGGGAACAACGUAACGGUCUCACCACGUCUGGGGAAGCAGGAGCACGUCGAGCCUCUUUACAACCCGCAAGCUCGGAUCUCAGUUCUCGAUGGAAGUGGCAUCCACGAUGGGGUGAUGACGGCGAAUAUCCGAUGCGAGAGUUGUGUUUCCUGGCCUGGAGGUCAUGAGGAUGUGACCAGCUCGUCAAGCCCCUGGAUAUGGGCUGUAAAAAACGGCCCAUUUCUUGAUUCCGAGGACACGUCUGAGGAACUGCCUAUGCACAACUUUUAUGGCACCGCAACGCUCAACUUGAAGCAGGCGACUGGAGGCAACUCGGACAAUCCAUUUCUCGGGGACUCCGGUACGUCCACCACUGCACAGGCUGGCACAACCGUCGACUAUCAGUCAGUCUCGCGGAAAAGAAUUGCCCACGCCGUCAUCAUGAUACUUUCCUUUGUUGUUUUAUUCCCGUUGUUUGCCCUGGUAGUUCCGGCAGUUCCGUCACCUCGAACGGUAGAUAUCCACGCCUGUUUGCAACUUUUCACUCUUGCAUUGACAGUCGCGGGACUUGGAAUUGGUAUCUCCAUGGCAAAGGACCUACAGCUCAUAGGCUUCUAUCAUCCCAUCAUUGGCAUUACGACAGUCUCGUGUCUGAUUCUUUUCCAGCCAGCUAUGGGUCUCGCCCAGCAUCUUUACUUUCGCCGGACCGGCAUGAAAAGCAUCGCCAGCUAUCUGCAUAGGUGGUUUGGCCGCACUUUUAUCACCCUUGGCAUGAUAAAUGCUGGGCUUGGAUUUCGCCUGGCGGGCGUUGGUCUUUCUUUUGCUCCUGUUGGUGCAGUGAUUGCGUAUUCAGUAAUUGCUGGCUUGGUCUGCAUCAGCUAUGCCUUGGCUGUUAGUUGGCUUUUUUGCAGGAAGCGUUGA